CGCCAUCUUAUAAGCCCUCCCUUCUUGCAACCACAGCAGCAGCGGCCCUUGAAGCUACAACUCCAUCACGCCAACCCGGAGCUCGGCUUCACCGUAGAUACCACCACCAUGGCGGGCGCCAAGAUGGCAGUGGUCACCUUCCUCCUCGUCUCCGUGCUCGUGGCGUCCGCCGUGCCGGCCGCGACCGCCUUCGGCUGCUUCCCCGACUGCUACAACCGCUGCGCCAACGGCGAUAUCGGCAACGUGGCCUGCUCCACCAUGUGCUCCCAGGCAUGCAUCGUUCCCAAGACGCUUCCCGACGGCACCGACCUGGCCACGCUGUACCCCGGCGGCCACUGAUCGCACUCCUCCUCUGUUGCAUGCAUGUGUGCGUUCGGGCCAACGUGGUUUCGCCAUUUUGUUAGCUGCCGUGUGUUGAUUUGGAGACGAGGAGAUUAAUUGCGUACGUGUGUAUUCGUCUGUGGGAAGCAAACUUUGUUCCACUACAUCUAAAUGUCUGCUGCUACAUCAGUCAUAAUAUGAUGCAAACAAAACAAAAAUAAUAAUUAUAUCGAUUAAGCAUAAUGAUUUUAU